AUGUUGUCUACUUGGCCUCCAGCAAAUAUCAAUGAGUUUGGCAUCGCUACUCUGUCUCUCGGAAACUGGAGGGAGCACCCGCUCACUCCCCGGCUCGAGGCAGCUGCAAAGGCUGGCUACCAAUGGAUUGAUCUCUUCGACGAGUGCUGGGCUGCCUAUUUAGAGGAGCAUGGACUGCCUGGCGAUGAUCUUUGGGAGCCGACUGCCGAGAAUCUUCGGGUCGCACGCCAGCUAGGUGAUUUAGUGAAGUCGAUGGGAAUGCGCAUUGCCUGUACGCAACCUCUUCGCAAGAUCGAGGGGAUCAAGGAUCCCGUUGAACGCCGAGCGACACUUAACCUGGUUGCUAAGCGUUUUCCUUUUAUGCGAGCGUUUGAUACCGACCUCGUAUUCAUGUGUGCCAAUAUUCGCAACGACGACGGUGUCACCUCUGAUCUAAAAACGGUUGCUCGAGAUCUCGCAGAGCUCGGUGACAUGGCUGCUGAAUAUUCACGCAAGGAUGGAGGGCGGAUGCUGAAGAUCGGUUACGAGGGCCUCUCCUGGGCUACAAGAAAUACAUGGUCAGCCUCAUGGGAAGCUGUGAGGUUUGCCAACCGUCCAAACGUCGGGCUGAUUAUCGAUGCAUUCAAUAUCUUGGCCGUGGAGUUUGCAGACCCUUACAACCCAGCAGGACAUGGACGCAUUUAUCCAACUCUUGGUGAAUCUCUUGAAGUUCUCACUGGGUCACUUGCAUCUCUAGCCUGCACCGUUCCUGGAGAUCGAAUCUUCUUUUUCCAGUGUGGUGACGCGGAGCUUGUCAAUCCUGCGGCAUUUCAUCCACCGACAGAUCCAACCACUCCAGCUCUCCUUCCUUGGUCAAGAAGCCAUCGCCUCUAUCCUUUGGAGCAAUCGCUUGGGGGCUAUAUGCCCUUGGAACUGGUAGCUGCUGCUGUGUUUGCGACGGGUUAUACAGGACCCAUGUCCCUCGAGGUCUUCAAUACGUCUUUGGACCAACCUGGGAGUGACGUCGCAAGUGUCCAUGCUUCUCGGGGUAUCAUCAGUCUACAACGGUUGGCGGAGGUUGCGAGAGCGUUGCCUCCUUUUUGGCAGAGUCAAGCCGAUGCACAGCAAGCGAUAUCUAAGGUCACCCGACGCUUGCGAGCAUCGAGUCAACGGCUAUAG